GCCACAUUAAACACAAGGCAAGACACAACAUAUCUUCUCUUCUUUUAUCGCUUUUCUCUUAAAUACCCCGCUCUUUCUCAUCACCUUAUUUAUUACCCCCUACGCAUUUCCAUCUCCAUUUCCUCCUCGAAUCUCGACAAAAUGUCCGCCUUUUUCCCUCAGCCUCCGCCGCUCCCUAUGCCUUUCACCCCUACCGGCAACGGUGGAGCUACUCCCAACACCGCCAUUACUCAACCUCAACAACCUGUAGUUGCUAACACUGCAGUAAUCAAUGAUCAAACUCCUUCACCUUCUUCUUCUUCAUCAUCAUCAUCUGCUUCGUUCAUGAUAGUAAUAAUCGUCAUUGCCUCUGCUAUUAUCGUUUCUGCUUCUAUAUACCUCAUCCUCCGCGUGCUCUCGCGGCGGUUCCACCGUUCCUUCCGUACAUACGCUGCGGCUGAUGACGUUGUAACGCAUUCUGCUGCGGCGGCGGUUACGGGGAAUCGUUAUAUGGAGAAUCAGCGGAGUUUGGAGGAUGACAAGUUGCUUGAUUCGUUACCGCUUUUUAGGUUCGGUUCUGUUACUGGAAAUUUGACUGGUGUGGACUGUGCUGUUUGUUUAUCGAAAUUUGAACCGGACGAUCAGUUGCGUCUGCUACCGCUGUGUUGUCACGCUUUUCACAGCAGUUGUAUAGACGCGUGGCUUGUAACAAACCAAACUUGUCCUCUCUGUAGGUCUACUGUUUAUCCUACUGACGCUGAUGUGCUCAGUAAAGUGUUAGCGGUGGAAAAUUCGGAUACACGCGGCGAAAAUGAGCUACGUCAUAGCGGUAGUUUUCGGAUUGAGAUCGGCAGUGUAAGUCAACGGCGUGGAGGUUCCGAUUCCGGUGGUGGUGAUGGACAGAGAUCGUAUUCUAUCGGUUCCUUCGAGUACGUUGUUGAUGACGGUUACGAGCUUUCAGCUGGCUCUAUUCAUCGUAGAGGUGGUUCUGAAUGCACCGACAAGGAAUCGAUCGGUGCGCAUAUACCGGCGCCACCUGGAGAAAGCAUCGCUUCGGAUGUUUCCGGUGGUGGACGGAGUUGGCUUAGGGAUUACGUUGAUAGAAUUGCUUCACUUUCUAUAUCGUCCCGAUCAAUGUCACUUCGGAGUUCCGGUAGGUUCUUCAACGGAAGUAGCCGGCGGAGCGAGGCCGUCGUUCCCAUUGACGAUUUGGAAGCUGGCCGGAUUGGGGAGGAGAUUAGCGAAUUGUUUCGAUGGCUCUCAGGGGUAUGAAUUUGUAUAUUCGUUGAACUACAGGGGUAAAUUCGUCUUUCAGUAUAUUCUCCGGAUAAAAAACCAAUUUCUCACUAUUUUUGUGAUUGGAUUUUAGAAACAACUAGAAAAGAGUAAAGAAAGUCCAGUAUACUAAAACUUUCUUCUGCAUGGAUUGUGGAGUUUGAGGAAGGAUCGGACGAACAAGAUUCUGUUACACGCGUUUCACCUUUCUUAGUGUAGAUAGUAGAAACAAUUUAACCCAUUUUUUAAAAUUUUCUUUCUUUUACAUUUUCGUUUUAAUCUAGGUAAAGAA